UCAACGUUCCAUAAAAAAGUAAGGUUAUUAUUACACUAGCCAGUGACGUACAUAUGUAUCAAACGUUGAGUCUAGUUUUCGCGCUCCAUAUUCUGGGCAGUCACAAUUGUUUUUAAACCCUUAUCGAUCAUCCCCUUUUGAUUAUGACGAGCGAUGGUGGGGACAGCAAAACGUGAACCAAUUUGUAGUGAAUUUAUUUGAUAGAGUUAACUUAUUUUUUGACAUUAAUAUUAUGAUCAUGUUAAUUAUGAUACAAAAGUGAUUACGUUUAUUUCAUUUCUAAUAUUAAUAAACGUUUUUUUUCUCCUAAAACAUUGAAUAUUUUGAACAUUUAUUACAAAUUACUAAGAUCAAGAGGUUAAAAUAGUGAUGAGGAUGGUGAUGAGACCUCCACGAAGAAAACGCGAUUGUCAGCUGGCAUUUAGCGGCUUUGUGUGAUUUAGUCUUCUCAAACCGCUGUUCAAGCUCAUGCUGUUUAUUGGUUAUUUUUGACAAUUAAAGAGCGAGUGUGAAAUGGGGAGCUCUUGGUGGCAAUGUACUGCAUGUCUAAGAGCACAAGAAGAAGAUAUUUGUGAGCUUCAGCUUAAUCAUUGCAAUUUAUAUGAUGUACCACCAGAUGUGUUCAUUUAUGAGAGAACUCUGGAAAAACUUUAUCUUGACGCCAAUAGAAUAAAGGAUUUACCAAGGCCUUUAUUUCAAUGUCAUGAGUUAAGAGUUUUAUCAUUAAAUGACAAUGAAAUUACAACAUUACCACCCGCCAUAGCUUCUCUCAUUAAUCUUGAGUAUUUAGAUCUUAGUAAAAAUAGUAUAAAAGAUCUUCCAGACAACAUAAAAGAAUGUAAAAACCUUCGUUCAAUAGAUUUGAGUGUGAAUCCAUUCGAGCGUUUUCCAGAGGCAAUCACUCAUAUAACAGGAUUGCGAGAAUUAUACAUAAAUGAUGCUUUUAUUGAAUAUUUGCCAGCGAAUUUUGGUCGAUUAUCGGCUCUAAAAACUCUUGAAUUAAGAGAGAAUAAUAUGAUGACGUUACCUAAAAGCAUGAGUCGAUUAGUAAAUUUGCAGAGACUUGAUAUUGGUAAUAAUGAUUUUACUGAAUUACCAGAAGUCGUUGGAGAUUUAACUAAUUUAACUGAAUUGUGGAUUGAUGGCAAUGAUAUACGUCGGAUUCCAGCAAAUAUUGAACAACUGUAUCGCCUUAAUCAUUUUGAUUGUACUAUGAACGCCGUACACACAAUUCCACCAGAAAUUCAAGGCUGGCGAGACAUAUCAAUAAUUAAUUUUUCUUCUAAUGAAAUUCUUGAAUUACCUGAUACACUUUGUUAUCUUCGUACAAUAGUUACUUUAAAAAUUGAUGACAAUCAAUUGAAUUUUCUUCCUGAUGAUAUUGGACAAAUGUCGAAUUUAGAAGAACUUAUUGUGACGAAAAAUUUUUUGGAAUAUUUGCCAUCAUCUAUUGGAUUAUUAAGGAAAUUACAUUGUUUAAAUGCUGACAAUAAUUAUUUAUGUUCUCUUCCACCAGAAAUUGGUAGUUGCAGUGCACUAUCUUUAUUAUCAUUAAGAUCAAAUAAUUUAACUAGUGUUCCUCCAGAACUUGGUCACCUGUCAUCAUUAAGAGUGUUAAAUCUUGUUAAUAAUUGUAUACAGUUUCUCCCAGUCUCAAUGCUUAAUUUAACAAACCUCAAAGCUUUGUGGCUGAGUGACAAUCAAAGUCAACCUCUUGUGCCUCUUCAACAGGAGUUCAAUAGGGACGAAGAUAUGAUGGUUCUCAGUUGUUUCAUGUUACCUCAAAAACAGCGAAAGGAACUUGAACAAAUGGAGCAAGCAGUGGGACCAAUUUCUGGUUCAAUUGUUGGAACUGGAAAGAAAAUAUGUUUUGCAGCAGAAGUAGAAACUGAGGUCCCUAGACAACUUCAUCGAGCACCUACUCCCUAUCCUAAAGAGCUUCGUAAUCUUGCUAGACAUGCCCGAAAUCUCCAUCAUCAAUCUAUUCAUGAUCAAAGGAUUCAUUUGGAACGAGAGAGUAUAAUCAAAGAAGCAGUAGUCGCAAAAGCAACAUCACUGUUGAGCAGUCCUGUUAGUGGAGCACAUCAAAAUCAUAACCAUCAGGCUGUAUAUGGACAUCUUGAAGCAGACGUUCCGAAUCACCAAGUUGAUAAUAGUAGACCAGAUCAUUCAAAUGAAAUAGAUCAUCCAGUGUUAGCUCAAGAGAAAUUUCCAGAAAUUCGAGAAGCCAAGUGUGUGAAAAAUCCAACUACCGAGUGUCUGUCACGUCCACCAACCAUAGCAGAUUAUGUCAGUUCUACUUGGAAGCCUGAAGAAUAUUCAAGAGCAAAUACAGCAAAGAUAGUCGAGUCUGAGAAGCUAGCAGAAGCGUAUAAAUUUCCUAAUAAUAUUAACGGGAUCGAAUCGGGAGAAAGAAUGAAUGAAGUUCCUUUGUCACCACCGCCCUAUCAUAUUGCUGCUGCUUUUUCCAAAAAAGCUGCUCUAUUUCAACAAAUAAAUAAAUCAAAUAAUGAAGAUUCAUCGUUGUAUCAUACGGACAAUCAUUUAUCUAAUUCUCUCCAUGAGAACCAGACAAGGUUAAAUAAUAAUGGCAAUGAUGUUGAUGAGAAUGCUUCAGAUGUUUCAAAAACUACUAUUAAUGAUGACAACAAAAGUUUUGUAUUCAGAGAAGAGAAACCAAGUAAAAUUCCAAUUAUGAAAACAAAAAAUUUCGAAAGAAUUGAUAAUGAUUCGAUUUCAUUGACUGGAAGAAAUUUUUAUUCAACUCAAGAUGAUAUUGGAAAGUAUUCAGAGAAGAAUUCGAAUGAUAUAAAUAUUCCAACAUCUCCAAUAACAGGAAAAAAGUAUAGAAGUCCUUUGUCAACUGCUUAUAAUCUUAUACAUAUUGAUAAUAUGCAAAAAAUGAAUGGAAACGUAAGAGAUCAAGCACAAAAUAUUUCAAAUAUGUCUUCACCUGAUAAUUCAUUAGAAAUUCAAAGUGAUAAAAAUUCAGGACACGUUUCGCCGGUUUCUUUAAACAUUAAUUCUUCUUUGAAUUCCAGUAUGUCAGAUACUCCUAAAUCAAAACUAAAACUUAAGUGGAUGUUUGGACCUCAUAAAAAUGUUAAUGUUAUUUCAAUUCAAAUAAAAAAAAAUCCAGGACUUGGUUUCAGUAUUGCUGGUGGGGUAGGUGGAAAUCAAACGGGAAUUAUUGUAACAAAAGUAAAUCCAGAUGGACCAGCUCAAGGAACUCUUCGUCCUGGUGAUAAAAUUUUAGAAGUUGAUGGAAUUGAUUUUUCGCAAUCAAAUCAUGACAGUGCAGUAGCGGUAUUAAGAGCUACAGGAGACACAGUAUCGAUGAUGAUAAGUCGGCAUCAGUGAGUUGAAUAAAAUAAUAACAAUAAUCUUAAACUGGAUUAUCAAUGCAUUAGUCUUAUCAGAUUUUAGACUCACUUUAGAUCAUCUCUUCUCAAUGCUGUCAUUAUCUUCAAAUAUUUAGACUGAUAUACUUGUAGUAUUUUUCUUCCUGAAAAAUAUUCAUGAUAAUUUAUUAAGUAGGAUUCAAUUAUUUUCAUAUAAAAAAAAACCUUUGAACAAUACUCUGCCAAUUUUUAAGUCUAUGGAAGUAUUUAAUUUUUUGUACGAAAGAAUAAUCUUUGUUUUUCGGUAUUGAUAGAAACUAUUUAAGCUGAUGCACCAAUUUAGUAAAAUUAU